CGUGCUGCUGGGCGUCCCUGGGCUUCCUGUGCCCUGCGGCUCGGAACGCCAUCCCGCUAGUAACGAGGGGAAAAGGGUUAAACCUUGCUUUUAGCUGCUCAGUAAUUCGCGCUUGGUGCCACUUAAUACCUUACUCUCGUUAUUAACCGUGCCUGCCUCGUCUCUGGUGCCAAAACAGUAUGUCAGCUGUUAUUUCUGAACCUGCCUUUCUCCCAGAACUAACGCUGCCUUGCUCUCUUUCUGCUUCAUGCUUGUCAGGAUUUGGUGGGCUUGAAACCACAAACUCCACCGCCGGUGGGUUUAAUUUUGGGGGUUUCGGAUUAGCUGCUAAUCCUGCAGUGAAUUUUAAUAUUGGGAAUUUCGGUGUUUCUACUACCUCAACUCCACCAUUCAAUUUUGGUAACAGUCUGGCAAGUGCAGGUGCAUUUGGAGGAUUUGGGACAACCACUACCACUGCAGCACCAGCAUUUAGUUUUUCUGCUCCCACCAAUACAGGCACCAGCGGACUCUUUGGUGCUUCCCAGAACAAAGGCUUUGGAUUUGGUACUAGUUUUGGGACAGGAACUGGUACUGGCUUGGGUACUGGGUUGGGAACUGGGUUAGGCUUUGGAGGCUUUGGUACCCAGCAGCAGCAGCAGCAGACCUCAUUAGGAGGCGGUUUGUUCAGCCAGCCUGCUCAGACACCUGCCCAGUCAAACCAGCUCAUCAAUACUGCCAGUGCUCUCUCAGCUCCCACACUCUUGGGAGAUGAGAGAGAUGCCAUCUUGGCAAAAUGGAACCAGCUGCAGGCCUUCUGGGGAACGGGGAAGGGGUACUUCAGCAAUAACAUCGCUCCAGUGGAGUUCACACAGGAAAACCCGUUUUGCAGAUUUAAGGCUGUGGGUUACAGUUUAAUGCCCAACAACAAAGAUGAAGAUGGCCUGGUGGUUUUGGUCUUCAACAGAAAAGAAGUAGAUAUUCGAAGCCAGCAGCAGCAGCUCGUAGAAUCACUACACAAAAUUCUGGGAGGAAACCAGACCCUUACUGUGAACGUGGAAGGUGUUAAAACGAUGCCAGAUGACCAGACAGAAGUGAUCAUUUAUGUCGUGGAGCGUUCACCCAAUGGCACUUCAAGGAGAGUUCCAGCAACCACCCUCUACGCCCACUUUGAACAAGCCAACAUAAAAUCAUCCCUGCAGCAGCUGGGGGUCAGCUUCUCCAUGGCCAGAACAGAGCUCUCCCCAGCCCAAGUCAAACAGCUCCUUCAAAACCCCCCUGCUGGUGUUGAUCCUAUUAUUUGGGAGCAAGCCAAAGUUGAUAAUCCUGAUCCUGACAAGCUUAUUCCUGUGCCCAUGGUGGGUUUCAAAGAACUGUUGAGAAGAUUGAAGGUCCAAGAUCAGAUGACCAAACAGCAUCAAACUCGCUUAGAUAUAAUAUCAGAAGAUAUCAGUGAGUUGCAGAAAAACCAGACUACAACUAUGGCAAAAAUUGCACAGUACAAAAGGAAACUGAUGGCUCUUUCUCACAGAACAUUACAGGUGUUAAUAAAACAAGAGAUCCAAAGGAAAAGUGGCUAUGCCAUUCAGGCAGACGAAGAACAGCUUCGUGUACAGUUAGAUAUAAUUCAGUGUGAACUUAACGCGCCGACACAGUUCAGAGGCAGACUGAAUGAGCUUAUGUCCCAAAUCAGGAUGCAAAACCACUUUGGAGCAGUGAGGGCUGAAGAGCGUUAUUACAUAGAUUCAGAUCUCUUAAGGGAAAUAAAGCAACAUCUGAAGCAGCAGCAAGAAGGCCUGAGUCACCUAAUUAGCAUUAUAAAAGAUGACUUGGAGGACAUCAAACUGAUAGAGCAUGAGUUGAAUGAGAGCAUUCCCAUGAGAGGAGGUUUCUUCAGUUGAUGAGCAGGAUUCUGCUGGGCUCACAUGGAAUGUUAUUCGAGUUUAUCAUUCACCUUCCAAGGCCAAAACUGGUGAGGUAAAAUAAAAUGUGCAUCUUUCAGGAGCAA